GAGGCCAUGCCAUCUGGUGCAGCACUCCAUGACUCUCCUUCUUGGUCAAAUAGCCCUUACACAGCCUGGAGGUGUGUUUGGGGUCAUUGUCCUGUUGAAAAAUAAAUGAUGGUCCAACUAAACGCAAAUAGGAUGGGAUGGGAUGAUAUGUCGCUUCAGGAUGCUGUGGCAGCCAUGCUGGUCCAGUGUUCCUUCAGUUUUGAAUAAAUCCCCAACAGUGUCAUCAGCAAAGCACCCCCACACCAUCACACCUCCUCCUCCAUGCUUCACGGUGUGAACCAUGCAUGCAGAGACCAUUCAUUUGUUGCAUAAAGACACGGCGGGUGGAACCAAAGAUCUCUAAUUUGGACUCAAAACACAGAUUUCCAUUGGCCUAAUGUUCAUUGUGUUUGUGUUGCUUAGCCAGUAGAAAUCUCUUCUGUUUGCUGUUUUACCGUAGUAGUGGUUUCUUAGCAGCUAUUUGACCAUUAAGGCAUGAUUCGUGCAGUGUCCUCUGAACAGUUGAUGGAGAGAUGUGUCUGCUGCAGCAACUCUGUGUGGCAUUUAUCUGGGCUCUAAUCUGAGGUACUGUUAAUUUGCAAUUUCUGAGGCUGAUGACUCGGAUGUAUUUAUCCUCAGCAGCAGAGGUGACUGCUGCGAUCCUCAUGUGAGCCAGUUUUAUCAUAGCGCUUGAUGGUUUUUGCGACUGCAACUGGGGAUACAUUCGAAGUUUUAGUGAUUUUCCAAACUGACUGACCUUCAAUUCAUAAAGUUAUGAUGGACUGUCUUUUCUCUAAUCAGCUGAUUGGUUCUUGCCAUAAUAUGAAUUCUAACAGUUGGCAAAUAAGGGCUGUCAGCUGUGUACCAACCUGACUUCUGCACAACACAACUGAUGGUCCCAACCCCAUUAGGAAGGCAAGAAAUUCCACAAAUGAACCCUGACAAGGCACACCUGUGAAGUGAAAACCAUUUCAGGUGACUACAUCAUGAAGCUCAAUGAGAGAAGGUGGUCAACAAAGCAAGUGGUGGCAACUUUGAGGAAUCUAAAAUAUAAAACAUAUUUAGAGUUUUUAGCAUUUUUCUUUUGCUACAUAAUUCCAUAUAUCUUGCUUCAUAUAUUUGAUGUCUUCAGUGUGUAUAUACAAUGUAGAAAGUAUUAAAAAAUAAAGAAAAAUGAGAAGGCGUGUCCAGAAUUUUGACUGGUAGUGUAGGUGCAGCGAUUCAUUGUAACUUGCAAACAUAUGUAGAAAUACAGUAUGUGAGGCAAAAAUACACUUCAUGUGAGCACCAUUAUUUUCAACACACCCCGAGGUUUUCUUGUAAUUUUUUUAAGUUGUAAAGUAGUCUUCAGGAAUAGUUAUUCAGGCUUCAUGAAGAGUAUUUAAAGCUCUUCUCUGAAUGCCCUUUCUUUUGUUUUCUGUCAAUAUGAUCCCACACUGUUUCGGUAAUGCUGAGGUCCAGGCGAUGCCAGUCCGCGACUGAUAGUCUUUCGUUGUAUGUUUUUACUGCAUAGGCAGCGUUAUCGGGAUCAUUGUCAUGCUGAAAAGUGAAGACGUUGAUUAAUCAGAUGUUUUCCAAAAUGAAGUGCAUGAUAGGACAUGACUUUAAGAUACUUUUCAAAAACUUCUUCCAAUUUCCUCAGGUUAUUUUAAGGAAACACAGCACACCAAGCUAUGAUUUUCAGAAAGCCCAGAAAAUUAUUACGCAACACCACUUUAAAAGUUUUUUGAGAAAGUCUCCCUCCUUGGAAGCGAAAUAUUAAAAAAUGAGUGGUGACUCGAGAUCUUUUUUUUUGCAAAUGACUCUAUUUGGGUUGUUAUUAUUAGUGGGUGUACGACAUGUGAAAGCAGGCCCUUCUAACGGUCCUUGAAUGACUCUUGGGGGCUCAGAUGACAAGCACACGUGGUUGGCAUACGUAAUUUGCAACACGCAUGCGUACAGGCUAACCCCGCCCCUUUCCUCUCAGUUCUUCAGCCGCGCAGCGCUUGGCAAGAAUGGCGGCUCUUUUGGAAUCGCUUCUAUCACAGAAAGUGGAUAUUAUUAAGGUGGUGGACUGGCUAAAGAGUGCAGGGGACGAGGACAAGCUGUCGAUUAGUGAACUCGGGCUGACAGUUCACAAAGAGGAGUUCGUCCCUUUUCUUUUAAAUUUUCUGAGAGAGCAGAGCAGUCAAGCACUCACCCAUGGCCCCGCCACCCCAGCUAAGACCCCCAGCCACCCUAGGCCUGCUGCACAGACCCAAGUUUUCUCGGAAAGGAGGGGCUGCAAAUCUGCCAGUGGUGGAAGUGGUACUCGGGGUGCGAGCCGCGUCCAGCUGUUUUCUCCUUCAUCUGUGUCACCUGGACCUGAAGGAUCUCACUGUCUGAGCGGGGUCACUGCCUUCAGCAGCCCCUCCUUUUCUACAACAUGGAGCCCUACUUCCAGGCCUUCAGGAUCUGAGCGGCGUGGUGGGCAGAGGAUCAUGCUUGGGGACUACAUGGUUUCUCCUCCUGACUUUCAGCACAGCCCUAGCUUCCAGUCCCAGAAAAGCCGAAAGAAGAGUGGUGGCAACAUGUCAUUGGGGGGGCGAGGACGUGGAGGGCAUUACAUUGAUGAGACUGGGGGGAGGAGAUCAGUAAGAGGAGGAGGGUAUGGUAGGAUAACUGAGCAGGUUUCACCUCCGUCUGUAGGUCAGCUCAAUUUCAACAACUUGGAGGAGUUCCCUCCUGUUGGCUCCUCACCCAUUUCUCCUGCGGCAUCUAAGCCAACUAGAAGAAUAAACCCGACACCAGUAAGUGCAGAGCGGCCACACUCUAAACCAAAGACCUGCUUCACUUCCACCCCGUUCAGUAAACCAUCUAGCCCCCUGUCAGGAGUAGAGCCACUCGAGGGGUCGAUGACAGGGGGCAAUUCUCUGAGUCUGCAGGAAGAAAGGGAAUUACUUAAAAGGGAAAAGACAAAGCGUGCCCAGCAGGUCAGCUCUCCUCAGCCGUCUUCUUUGGAACCAUGCACCCCUACCAAGACAGUGUUUAAAACAGGAUCUAAAGUUACACCAGAACAACAGACAACUUGUCCUGAACCAUCCAAAGUCACUUUCUCCUUGGAACUGGAUCUUUUGGUUGAGCUGUAUAGUACCUGCAUCUCUGAAAACCUUGUACCAAACAUUUUCCUGGAGCUCUUCUUUGUGAUGCAGUUACUAACGUCUCGGUCCCCUCACACUCAUGACGAUGAACAGGAAAGUUUGUGUGCAGCUCAUUCGCAUUCAGAUAUUCUCCAAAGAUGUUAUUUAAGACUAGUACACAAUUGUGUGUAUUUUGCAGUGAAGGUCCUGGAGAAUCAGUUUCAGUUGGUAGCUCAUUUGGACAAGUGCACAUUGCGACUGCUGGCAGAGAAUGAACGGGUGGCAUCUUUCUCUCCACAUCUCAGGGACUUACUCACUCAGGCCCAAGAUAAAAGCACGGCCAAGCUCUCUCCUUCAGUGUCCACUUUCAUCCACUCGGUCCCUUUCCAACCUGAUACUGACAACCGGUCCAACUUUAGCAGUGACAAGGCUUUCCACAUCUUCAAAAAACAGAGAGAUAUUUUUUAUGAGGUGCUGAGAGAGUGGGAGGACUUUCACAAGGAACCUGGGUGGAAUUUUGACACUGCACUUGGAAAUAGGAUCAGAGGAAUGAUGAGUCAGAUGACCUCUGCAGGAAAUCAUUCUCAUUUUGCGCGUCUGUUCCUGAAGCAGCUUAUUCAGAUGUGUAAAGGUCCCCGAGUGAACAGCACUUCUGGAGAUACUCCUGAUGCUGACUUGUUAGGCAUGUUGGGAGCUGAGGGUCUGGGGCGCCUGAAGCGUCUUGAAGAGCGCCUCAUUCAGCCUCACGGAGUUGUUGGCCCGUGCCCACCUCCAUCUUUUCCUGGUUACCAAGAGUUCUUCAGGGACUUCCUGCAGGCUGCUAGCUGCUGCCAGCUGAACCAGCACCUGCAGGAUAGCUUGUGCCAGCAGCUACUCCAGCUGGAUGAGGUGUCCAUCCUGAGCCCUCCUGCUUCCAUCUGUGAGCGGGACGAAGAGGAGGAGGAAGAUGGAGACAUGGAGCAGCAGGACGAGAAGCAGCGGUUCUCCUCUGUGUUGCUCCUAGCUCGUCUUCUGGCAAAGUUUCUGGGAUUCAUUUCCUUUCUGCCUUACCAAACAUCUGAGAAGCCGUCCAGAGAAAUACAGGAUACUGCUAUAGCCCUGCGCAGCAAGAGUGUUCCAGUGCUAGAUGUGUGUGCUGUGUUGAGAAACAGUAUGAGGAGAAGGCGCACCAUCCUCACUGUACCCUGGUUGGUGGAGUUCCUCUCAAUGCUAGACUUUACCGGCCCUCUGCUGCUUUGCUACAGGACCACAUUGGGCACACUGCUUCUCCUAUAUAGGAGACUGGUUCUUGGUCGAUGUGAAGAAAUGUGUUACCUAAAUAAGCUACUAAUGGUGUCAGUAUUAGGCUGGCUCUUUCAGAUCCCAGUGAUUCCAGAGGAUAUUUUCUUCACUAGUGAGUUUACUGAGGUUGCCAAGGUGGAAGAAAGCGACAUAAAUGUGGCAGGGCUUGACUGUAUUCCUCUGGUGGAUCAGCAGCUUCUUUACACUUGUUGUCCAUUUCUUGGUGAAUUUCGUAAGCUUUUGGCUGCCUUUGUGUCCGGAAGCACAGCCAAGAGCGGAGGAAUUAUCCGCAAGAUUACUCCCACGUCUGCUGAGCUCAAGGACACGCCAGCAGCUCACAGGUCACAGCAGAAACUGCAGGUGGACCUCGAGCAAGCCUUCUUUCACAACCAGCCUCCAUCGUUACGUCGCACUGUGGAAUUUGUAGCUGAGAGGGUUGGAUCCAAUGCAGUCAAACAUAUGAAGGCUACCUUAGUAAAUGAGUUGGUGGGACGAGGAGAAAAGAUGCUGAGAGACGGAUUGGGGUCGCCAAACUCAAAUCCCUCAAAACUGAAUGACUCCAUUUGUGCUCAAUUGUGCGAUGCGGGAUUGGAGGCUUUGGCAAGAGCCACCAGAUUUUGCUGUGAGAAGAGCCCUGAAGCCAUACGAAUAUUGCUCCCUCAUGAGACUUCGCCUACUGUACUUGCCACUUCGGAAAACAUCACCAAACGUCUUGCCACAGAAAAAGCCUGCAGCUGGCUUUCGGCUAACAUUACAGCACUCAUAAGACGGGAGUGGAAGAGCAGGUAUGACCGUGUGAUGAAGGCUCUUGGUAGUCCACCUGCUCCAGACUCUGUGGACAGAACUGUGGUUGAGCUGGUCCCUCAGGAAAAGUCACAAACUCCCAAGAGGAAACAAGGAAGUGAGAGUGAGAGAGUGAUGUCCUGUCCUCCCCACUGUGACCACAGUGCUUCACUGCCCUCUGACAUCCUCGUUGAAAUGAAGGAGGUGCUGAGCAUCGCUGUGGGCCCGAGGACGGAUGAGGAGCUGCCGACUGGCUCUCAGCUCCUAACGCUGCUGCAAAAAGUGGGAGAAACAUUAUCCUGCAGAAAGUUUUUGAAUGUACUGUCAGAGCAGAUGCUUCUGAACUGUAGUGUCCUACUGGCCUGCAAACUGGUGUCUGCAGAGCUCCCGGUGCUGCCUCUGUCAGAGUGCAGCGGACGUGGCGGGGAUGCUGUUGGUAAUGGUUCAGGGUCAGAGCCUCCUGUCACAGCGCUGCUGGAGCAGCUCGCUGAGCUGUGGGAGAAAGACAGCUGUUCCUCCGCCCCCCUCCACCUGCUCUUUACCCCACUUACAGUCACCGCUGUGCUGAAGGCCAGCGACACAGAGAGGAAAAACUACCGGUUUGUAAUUGGAAAACUGGUGGACAGAGGGUUAUUGAGUGAAGAAGAGGUCAAAUCCCAUUGGAAGAAGCUAACAGAACUGGCCUUACCUGUGGAGCAGAUAGCGAAUUUUCAGCUGAAGUUAAAGACCGUGAAACCCGUCUCACCUCUGGCUGAGUUACAAAGCCAUAUGGACAUUCUGCAGGUCUCACAUCAGACAGUAGAGGGAGCUACAUGACAGCAAUAGUACUAUCCAGUUUCCCCGCCACAACUUGUUUUCGCCACAGUGUUUAAUGUAACAUCUGCUUGUGUUGUUCAAGAGGUACACAGUUCUGAGUGACUUCUUUUUGCUGACCAGCUUUCUGCUUCACAGACCGUCAAAGAGAGUCAACAGUCAGCUUUUGCAAGCCUCAGGCUUAGGUUCUAUAGCUGCAAAGCGAGAGCUAAGGUGCCAAGUAGAACCAGACUACCCCGUCAGUCAGGGGUAGCAUCUAUGGACCACACAAUCUCAUCUUAGAUCCAAAGGAAUUUCCUGCAGGCAAACCUGGAUUGAUGCUUGUGUCUUUAGGCAAACAAUAAACAAAAGAUCGAGACGAAGCAUAGAUUGGAGUCACAGUAGAUUCACGCUUAAGACUGAAGAAGAUUGGGCAAUGAAAUGGGGAAUUUUUGCAUUUAAAAAAAAAAAAAAGUUGAGUAAUUUAAUAUUUAUCACUUAAAAUGUAUAACAAAUACUAGUUUCAAAAUUAGAAAAAAGUCACGUUUGUGUAAGACACAUAAUUGUUAAUUUGUCUUCAUUUCAGUAUAGCACUUUCACACUGCCGUUGACCGCUUCACUAGUGACUGCAUUUCUUUCAUAAAUGCAAGCAAAAGCAUUUGUGAUCAUGUUUUUGUUCAUGUUGAACAAGCGCCCUACUCCCUGCUGCUUUUAAACUGAUUUUCUUUUUAAUGUUGCCGCAUAGUUUAAAUUCUAAAUGACAAUGAUGUAUUCAGAUUUAAGUGUUUAUUGUGUAUUGUCAUGUUUGCAAU